UGGUGCGCCCGGCCCCAGCCCGCGACCGCACUCCCGAGGCUAGAGCGCCGCGAGUGCGAGACAGUGACGCGAGUGCCGUGCCAUGCCCCGCCGCUGAACACCAUGCCGCGCGUCAAGCCAGCCUGCGUCCGACGCGUCUCCAUCGGUGAGAGUUCCGGAUCGUGUUCGGAGGAAGAAAUAAACAAUGCGUCGGAUGAAGUCAGAGAUCGGCCUGAGACGCACAUGUGUCCGCGCUGCCAGGAACAGUUCGAGAGCCUUCACGAGUUUCUGUAUCACAAAAGGCUUUGUGAUGAGAAAGCGCUUCAAAUGGGGGAAGAGCGUAUGCACUCCGACCCCGAGGAGAUGGUCGUGUCAGGGGAUGAAGAAAUGGAUGGCCCCAAUAAAAGACUAGAACAAGUGAGGCGGCAUAGACAAGAUGCCGAAAACAACAAUAGCCUCGAAGAUGGCGAGGCUGAAGUCCCCGAAGCUGACGUGCCACCGGUCGGUCUGCCAUUCCCCGUUGCUGGCCACGUCACUUUGGAAGCGUUACAAAAUACGAAAGUAGCCGUAGCACAAUUCGCUGCUACUGCAAUGGCGAACAACGCAGAUAAUGAAGCAGCCCUACAUGAGCUAGCUGUAUUACAGAGCACGCUAUUUACAUUGCAACAUCAACAAGUAUUCCAACUUCAAUUGAUACGCCAACUACAAAACCAGCUUUCGUUAACACGACGAAAAAGUGACCAGCAGAGUCCUCCGCCGAGUGACCCGGAGCCGAUGAUCCCUGUGCCCACCGCUCGAUCGCCGUCGCCGCCGCGUCCGCCACGGGAGCCAACUCCUGCUGCACCCACUCCUCCCUCUAGCCAAAGCUUGCCCUCAACCCAUGCGCAUCUCACUCCCAAAACGGAACCUCUCUCAGUUCCCAAACUUCCAACUUCAUCUCCCCCCAUGAUGACACAUCCGCCCUAUAGCUCCAUAUCGUCAUCAUUAGCGUCAUCGAUCAUCACGAACAAUGAUCCACCGCCGUCCCUAAAUGAACCAAACACGCUAGAGAUGCUACAAAAACGAGCACAAGAAGUAUUAGACAAUGCUUCGCAAGGAUUACUAGCGAACAAUCUUGCCGAUGAACUAGCUUUUCGAAAAUCUGGAAAAAUGUCUCCUUACGAUGGAAAAUCUGGUGGACGUAACGAACCUUUCUUCAAGCAUCGCUGCCGAUACUGUGGAAAAGUUUUUGGAAGCGACUCGGCGCUACAAAUUCACAUUCGUUCUCAUACUGGUGAACGACCCUUCAAAUGCAAUGUAUGUGGAUCUCGAUUUACGACCAAAGGAAAUCUCAAAGUUCAUUUCCAAAGACAUACUGCAAAAUUCCCUCAUGUAAAAAUGAAUCCUAACCCGGUUCCAGAACAUUUGGAUAAAUAUCAUCCACCAUUAUUAGCACAACUAUCACCGGGGCCGAUUCCCGGCAUGCCACCUCACCCACUGCAGUUUCCCCCGGGUGGACCAGCUCCCUUCCCGCCAAGCUUGCCGCUUUACAGGCCACCGCACCAUGACUUACUGCCACCGCGUCCUCUUGGAGACAAACCUCUUCCACCCCAUCCACUUUUCGCAAUGCGAGAAGAACAAGAUGCUCCGGCUGAUCUCAGUAAACCCUCUGCGCCGAGCCCUUCUCGAUCUUCAUCCGAAAUUAAGUCUGAACCCCAAGACGAAGAAAGCCAUCGAGAUUCCAGUUUUGAAGAAACUGACCGUGUGUCACCCAAACGCGAACCCGAAGAAAAUGAGACUGCACAAGACGCUGAACAAGAUAGAUAUCCCUCAACGUCACCGUACGAUGAUUGCAGCAUGGACUCAAAGUACAGCAACGAAGACCAAAUUGGCAGAGAAAGUCCACACAUGAAGCCCGAUCCAGACCAACCGGAAAAUCUCUCAAGUUCGGAGAGCGGGCGGAGCGCGCGCGGCUCGCCGCCGUCGCCGGCGCUGUCGGCGCUGUCCACGCCGCCGCGCCCGCCGCCGCACUCGCCGCAGCCGUCGCCGCCCGCGCCGCUAGCCGCGCUCGGCGCCCUCGGCGGCUCGCCCUUCAGCCCGCUCGGACUUGCGUUCCCUCCCGCAGUGCGCGGCAACACAACGUGUAACAUCUGCUACAAGACGUUCGCCUGCAACUCGGCGCUCGAGAUUCAUUACCGGAGCCACACCAAGGAACGACCUUUUAAGUGCACAGUCUGCGAUCGCGGUUUUUCUACAAAGAGCAGUGGCGGCGGUUGCCGCUGCGGUAGGCGCGCGCGCGCACCCCGCGCUCCGCACGCCACUGCUUUGGAUUUCUGGAACGCCUUCGUCUAUCCGGGCAACAUGAAGCAGCACAUGCUGACCCACAAGAUCCGCGACAUGCCCCCGGGCUUCGACAAGGGCCCCGGGUCCGCCCAGGGCGAUGAGCCCCGCGAGCCCAGCCCUGACAGGCGCUCGUCCCCAGACAAGAUGGACCUGAAGCGGUCCCCGCCAAGGCAUCCCCCGCCGAUGUCCCACCCGUCGCCUAUCGAUAUGCCACCGAUGCCGAAGCGACCGAGCAUACCAAGUGGUCCGACUCACCCGCCGCUGCCGGCGUCGUCCAAGCAUUUAUGCGGGGUGUGUCGCAAGAACUUCUCUUCGUCGUCAGCCCUGCAGAUCCAUAUGCGCACGCACACCGGUGACAAACCGUUCCGUUGCGCGGUCUGCCAAAAAGCUUUCACCACCAAAGGGAACCUAAAGGUGCAUAUGGGGACGCACAUGUGGAGCGGGGGCGCCUCGAGGCGGGGGCGCCGCAUGUCGCUGGAGCUGCCGCCGCGGCCGCUGCACGAGCCGCACGACCUGCUGCGGCGCCCCGACCUCUUCUACCCGUACCUGCCCGCGCCUUUCCUUAACGGCAUGCAGCAGAAGCUGAAUGAAAUAUCAGUGAUACAGCAGAGCGCGGGCCAGAACGGCGUAGCUGGAAAGUUCCCGGGACUGCUCGGGUUCGGCGCGUUCGGAGGAGCCCGCCCCGGCGCGGCGUCGCCUUUGGAGCGACCUCCGUCACUAGAGGGCGGUGAUGAGCGCCAGGCCGCCAUGCGCGAGCUCGCCGAACGCGGCCGAGAGCUCGCCGAGCGCAGCCGGCAAAUGCGCGAGGAGAGCGAAUACCGCUCGCCGCCCGCGCACGCGCCGCACGCACCGCCGCCCGCGCAAGGCUCCCCGCCCGCGCCCCACCACCCCCACCCCCUCGCCUCGCUCCCGCCCCCCGCGCGCACAGAAGGCCUCACCGUCUAAACCUUCGACCCCCCAACAUUCCAUAACCGGCGGACGGCGUCACCUCGAGUGUCAUGUUAAUAUUGUACAAAAUUAGUAGCGUUUAUGAAAAUAAGGGACUGAUAAUUUACGACGAAGCGAGUGUCUGUUGUAGCAUAAUGUGCAAAGUGUAGUGCUAUGUAACGAAUUGUUAUUCCACGUGUUUCAUACGCCUAGUAUUAUUGUUAAGUAACUUAUAUGCACGAGUACGGGCCUGGGGCAAUCGGGGGCUCGCAGGAGCCCCACGUUUAUGUCAUUACUCUGUGAUAGUGCACAUUUUAGAGGCUGUGUCUUGUGUACUGGACGGCGUUUGGUAGAGACUAUCGGAUUAUCUAUCUAUCACCUAUCUUAGAUGCAGUCUAAUGUGCUAUGACAUCAAAAAUUAUUAAAUUAUCCCAAAAAUUAAUUAAAGUAUCUUAUACCUAUAUCUUUUAAUGUAAAUAAAUUGUAUAAUAGUGAUGAUGAGCGUAAAUAGUAUAUAUUUCAAUUUAAAUUGUAAUAAAAAUAUAUUAUUAUUGUAACUAUGCAACUACAACUGGAGGGCGAUAUGCAUGAUUUUUGACUCCACAUUCCAACCAAAUGUAUCGGUUAUAAAAGGAGAACUGCUGGCUUGAAGUGAUUGAUGUACUCCAAAUAUCAUUGUUAGACCUAUCUCCUUUUGCCACCAGUAGGUGUGUACCAACUUUUAUGGAAAUUCUAAACCUACUUACUAUUUGAUAUGCCUAUGUGUUAGGCGUUCAAUAGAUACAUUUAAUUAUUGUAACAGAGGUUAAUGACAUAUUCAUAUCAUGUAAAUUAAAAAAGUAUUUGCAUUUGAGGUCUAUAUAGUUGUAAGUAUUUAGAGUCAUAGCUAUAAUGUUGCUUUAGAAUAUUUCAACAUAUCUUUGUAAAGAGAGCGACUGGUGUAAGGCAAAGUAUGACUUCUUAAACUUAAACGAUUAUUAAGUAGUUUCGCCGGCACUCUCUGACUGACCCAAACGUGUCCAUAUGAACAUUUCUUUCCAAAUGUGCAUUUUAUCAAUGCUUGAUUAGUCGCGAUAGUCGGUUUGAUACUAAGUUUACACUGAAUUACUUUCAUAAAGUGUUUUAUAUUUUGAUUACAUAAGUUGUCUGUGUAUAAAUGUCCUACUAAAUUAUUUAUAAAUCAUGCAUACACUCUUAGUAUUAAACGGAUGCUUGCGGGCGAUAGGCCUAGCGCAACAAUUUAGUUGUCUAGAAUAAACUUUCAUAGCACCUACAAGUUAUUAAUUUUCAAGUUGCAAAUAGACAUUAGAGAGUAGUAUUAGUCAUGAAUAUGAUGUGUCAUGUCAUGUCAGUAUAAAUAAUCAUUGUAAAUUAUUAAAUGUUUAUGUAAAUGUCCAAAAAGUAUUCAAAUUAUUUAAAAAAAAAACAAUUAUUAUAAUAA